UGUAAAAGAAGAUGUGUUAUCUAUUGCCGGUGUCAUCUCGUACCAAGCUGUCACUGAACAGCGUGUGAAGAUACGAUUUCUACUGUUUCUAACAUUGAGCCAGUCAUCAUAUCGUUAGUUCUAUUCACCAGAUAAUUCACUUCUGGUUUAUCUCAGGUAUACUGUCGUUACUUGUGUAAUUUCUGAAAAUAUAUGCUUCCUGUGAAAGUAAGGUUUACUUAACAAAAUACACACAUUGAGAAUGAGAUAAAAAAACACCCAGAAGAAGCGUAUUUUGUCACUGGCACAGACUGGUUCGUACAAUACGACAAAAACAGCCACUGGUAAAAAGUAAUCAACAUGUAGCGAAGUUGGUGCCUGACUGUACAUACAUACCAACAAUGGCGACGAAUGUCUUUACAAAAGAAUACAAAUGAUUCUUUUUCAUUGUAUCGCCAAAUGUUUUACUUGAUUGUAAAACCUGGACGAUGCCGCGGCACAUUAGCAUUGCCAAAUUCUACGACUGGACGGAUGACCUGUACGAUUGUGUGUCUGUCUCGAAAUCGAAACUGCACGAAAAUAUGAACGACACACCCCGACGCUUUUCCGAAAAGAGCAAACUACAGAACACUCGAUGGUGUUCGAAUGGAGUUCACGUGACCCCGGGGCGGAUGUUUUCAAGGGAAAGAGGAAACCUUACGAAGGGUGAGGUGAACAUAAUACACGGAAUAUAUCAAAAUCGCGGCAAUCUAUCAGAAACUGACACUCUCUCGAGUCCCAGAAGUCACAAGGAUGCUUGGCUUGUUGGGAAAACCACGAGAAACUCCAGUGGGAAUCAGACGGAACGUGUGGACUCGGUGUCUUCGCAUGACACGGACCUCAGUGAUGGUCGAGCGUCAGGGAAGAGUAGAGCUGGUAGACACACACAGGGAUGUGGGGUUCAGAAGGAUACUGUCGGUCCAGCUACAAUUAAUCUGUUUUUCUCAAAUGGCGUGCGGCGACGUGCCUCAGGUAAAACUCUAGAAAAGACCACAUGUGUGGAGGAUCGUUGUGAAAUGGACGAUGAGAGUCAUCAAAAUAACAGUCAGGUCGACAGAACAACUCCCAGGACCCAACGUUUGCCAGCUGACAAAGAAGACAGUACUUCUGGUGACGGUUUUGUACGCGAUCACGAAGACCAAAAUAUGCCAUCAUCGUCUGAAGUAAACACAAUGAAUGGAGGUCAGUCAGUGUCGUACAGGGCUGAAGAAAGCAGUAAGGAAGUAGACAGUAAAAGACAGGUCACUCGGAGGAUACAGAUGGAGGUGUUUUUACCGCCAGUACCACGUGAUCCGACAGAUGAUGACAUCAGGAAUUCGCUUCAAGAGGGACGACCUCUACUAGAAAGAGAACGGCCAAUGAGUCAUACCAAGUUCAAACUGAAACUUGACAGACUGCCUGAGACCAGUGAUCCAUACAAUGUAAGGUCAGACGAGAAAAACAACUUGGCUGAGUCAGAUCUCUUGUAGAGAAAGAUACCAGCCAGUGAAUCAUGUCCAGUAUUAUGUGUGACCAAAGAACCAUUCCCAGUGUUAAAGUAUGAGUGGCCCACUACAAACGUAAACUAGACACAUUGGUCUUAUUAGAUAUAUGGUAGAAAUACAUCAACCAAAGAAUCAUUUCCAGUAUUAUGUGUGACCCAGUGGAAGCCUAAACUAGACACAUUGGUCUUGUUAGAUAUGUGGUAGAAAUACAUCAGCCAAAGAACCAUUCCCAGUGUUAUAGUAUGAGUGGCCCACUACAAACGUAAAUUAGACACGUUGGUCUUAUUAGAUAUAUGGUAGAAAUACAUCAACCAAAGAAUCAUUUCCAGUAUUAUGUGUGACCCAAUGGAAGCUUAAACUAGACAUAUUGGUAUUGUUGAAUAUGUGAUAGAAAUAGAUCAACCAAAGAACCAUUCUCAGUGUUAUAUUUUUAUGAGUGACCCAUUACAAGCUUAAACCUGACACAUUGGUAUUGUUAGAUAUUUGGUAGAAAUACAUCAACCAAAGCAUCACAUUGUAUACAAGUUCAAACUGGACAAACUAACAAAAGAUAGAAAGAGUCUUGAUCGAGUGUCGUCUAGCGUUAUAUGUGAGAAUAACGCUAGAGGACACUCGAGCUAGAAAGCGACCAACCAAAGAAUUGUGCCCAAUGUUAUAUUACCUGGUAUAUGCUUAGACUAGACAAGUGAAGUUCGGUACGUGCUAAAAACAGAUAAACAAUUAGUCUUAUCAAGUAUAAACUCAACUAGAUAAACUAUUAAGUCCGGUUUUUUUUAUUGCGAAGAGAAUGAGCAAUGCAUGCUAUCUAACACUACCCCAAACUAAACGAACUGGCCGUGCUAGUCAGAUCUGUGAUCAGAUCAACCAAGGAAUCGCAUUGAGUACAAACUCAAACUAAACAAAUUGGUUUAGCUCGAUCUGUGAUUAUAGAAAUAAGUAAAACAAGGAAUCACAUUCAGUACAAACUCAAAGUAAACCAAUUGGCUAAGUUCGGUAUUGGAUUACAGAAUGAAAUACAACAAUGAACCUCAUUUAGAACAGUCUCAUGCUGUAUAAAGUGACAAGCAAUUCUGUGUUACAGGGAUAAUGACCAAUUAAUAAUAUCCAGUAUAAGCUCAAAUUGGACAAACUGGCUGUGAUAGAAAAAACAUCACAAUAACAAUUUGGCUCAGCCAGUUCUGCAUUGUUACAAAGUUACAAAGUAUCGAGUUUAUACCAGUGUAAGUCAAACUUGGACAACCAGGCUAAGAUAUCAUAAAAUCAUCGUAGGCUCUGACGUCAGUGCGAUACACGCCAUAGUGAUGCCAUAGCCUAUGAUGGUUUUACCAUAUCGUAGGCCUUGACGCUGGUUUAUUUGAAUAUGUGACAGAAAAAGGAUGUUCUAUCUCACAAGGCCAAUAGUGAGCCACCCAGUGUAUGUUGAAACUGGACAAAAAACGUUGUGCUCGAUCUUCGUUUGUACAGCACGUGAUGAUUUUAUUGUAUUUAUACUAUAACCAUGGUUGUAAAUGUUUUCUGAUUUUAAAAAAAUUAGAAUUACAACCAAGGUUGUAGUUUUUUGUUCCAUAUUUUAUUUGUGUUACAACCAUUGCUUUGUUAAUAUGUCUUCUUCUUCUUUUCGUUCGCUUGAUGACUACACGUUCAGGCUAGCUGUGACAAUGAAUGCUACUAUCCUCUGUAGAUCACUCGUGAUACCGUACAGUUUCUUCUGGAGUGUUGUUGUAGUUGUCCAGGUAGCGUCCCUCAGCUGCUGUAGGUUUAUGCAGUCUUGGAUGACAUGUUUGGUCGUCUGGUCUACUUCUCCACAGGAGCACAUGGAGGAGGGUACACGCCGGAACCUCUUAUACAUGUGCUGGUUCAGACUGUUGUGUCCAGUCCUUAGUCAUGAUCACCUGUGCAUGCCGAUUUAGCUGGAAAUAACCAUCAGUUAGUUUGGGAGAUCUGUAGAGUGAUUUAAUAUGGGUUUUCAUUUCUCUGAUACCAGUGGCGAAUCCAGAAAAUCCAUUAUGGGAGGGGGUGGCAAUGACAUGAGGUGGAAUGCCAAUGAAACUUUGGGGGGAGGUUUGGAGGCGAUCGUAAAAAAAAUGAAAAUUAAUAUAUAAUAAAAUUAUAACUGUCGUAAAAUUUAGGGUGGGGGCGGGCCCUGUCCCCCCCCCCCCCCCCCCCGAUCCGCCUCUUGAUACUUUAUCUGCAUUACAACCAUUGGCUUUCGUCUUUCUAAUACUUUAUUAGUAUUAAAAACAUUGUUUUAAUUUGUCUGAUACUUUAAGCGGCGUUCUCAUUGUGUUAUUAGUCGUAUGCGAUUUGUCGUUUCUACAAAAAUCGUAACGUAUAAGACUAAAGGCGUUCCGAUUUAGGUUUUCUCACAGUACGAUUCGAUCGCAUGCGACAAGUCCGUGCGACUAAUCGCAUAAUAAGAAUGCCCCUUUGUCUGCAUACUGUAAACCAGAUUUCAGAUACUAUUUGUGUUCAACCAUAGAUUUAAUGCGUUCUAAUACAUUAUUUGUAUUACAAACCUAAGCUUUAAUGUUUCAAAAUAUAUUAUUUAUAUUACAA